GAAUCCCAAUUGAUAUUCGAUUGCUUGGUGUGUCGGCUGUGCCAGUGUGCAGCGGGUGACAAUCGUCACAAGUUUCCUUUCACCCUUCGGUUAUUUAACACUAGAACUACCAGAGCGGACAAAAUGACAAUUUAUAAUCCUCCAGAUAAAUAAUCUUUCUAGAAAUAAGUUUUCGUUCUAUCAUUUCAAAAUCGUUCCUAUAGAAAUAUUUUCUUAUCGUUAAAGUUCUUAUCGAAAUUGUAGACACAACUUUGCGAACGAGGAUUUUUGGAGGCUUUGAACGUUUUUUGGUGAAGUGCGAACUACACAAAGUGCAAAUUAGAUGCAUCGGCAAAGUUUUUGGAUGUCGAGCAGUGUAACAGUGUUACCAGAAAUCGUAAAAUAAAAUUAAACGUCUGUAGAAAGUUCUACGAGUACCGAAAUUGCAAUGUCAAACCUUUUUGGCCGUGUUCUUUUGAUUCUCUUUUUAUCUUGGGCUCAAACCUCAUGUAUUUAGUAGUAUGAAUAGUGCUAGCAAAAAUCGCAAAAUAAAAUUAUCUCGUAAUCAUCCUCCACCUCAAAUAUUUCUUCCUACUUUUCGUUUCGAUCUCCUCGGUACAAACUUCGUGGUUUAGUCAUUGGUAGUUCGAGUGUUAAAUGUUUCAUUUUCGAAAAUCUCUCGCUCUUUACGAUUUAAUCCCCUAUUUUAUUGUUAGAAUAGAUUUGUUUGCUAUAUUAUGUAAAUUUUUUUAUCGUAUACUUCAUAAAUGAUUCCAGCGUGUUCGUUGAUGUGUGAGAUUGAAAUUUAAAAAAUAUGUUGCUAUCUGUUAGAGCAGCCAGGUGUGCGGCUCUGAUGGGAGAGCCUGACGAACUGUAUCCAGAGAAGAUCAUUUAUCCGAGGAGCACUAGGACGUUGGUCAAGACUGCUGUGAUUGGAGGAAAACCUAUCGAGGAGAAGACUUGCAUGACUCUGAGAACGUUGGUUUUCGGAAGUUGUGCCAGUCCACCGAGACCGGAAUGGGCAAGAACCGGAUUCACCCUGCGACCUUACGGACAAAGCUUGGCAUUUGGAUUACGAGCACCGAGAAAUACGACCAGGGGUCUCGUAACUGUUGUGCAGGCCACAAUGCUCAAGCAUUUCCUGUUUAAAUGUAAUAGACAAGACACUCAUGCUAAUCCAGAAAGCAUGCUGAAGCCAUCGUACGAUAGACAGAUCGAUGUCUUGACAUUGACGAUAGCAGAGAUCAUUUGGCGUUGCGCCGGUGGAUUCGCCGUGCAAAGUACUGGUUAUUCGCCAAAUCAGAGUGUCACGGGAAACGCAAAUGCGCCCAGGGCCGUGGUAGCUUUGCCGCAAGAGACGCCCUAUGUGCAACAUAGCGUGCAAUACUUCCAGGAUGGUCUCACGGAGACCCUGCACCUGUUCGAGUUUGAUUCUUUGGGAGACUUGGAGAUAUUUAUUAAAAGAUAUUUAUAUUUGUUUCAAGACGAGGGUGGCCCUGGUGCUAAAUUAUUAUUGUACAGCGCUGUGCUUUCCAGAGGACUUUCUAAGAUACAAGCCGAUUUAGAAGAUCCAAAAGGCUCGAUACUAAGCGGUUGUCCAGAGGAAGGCCCCAUAAGCGUUGUAAUUCUCUCAUUAACUGGUCGUGCUUCGCCUCAUCUGCAUAAUGGGGUGCUACACGUUGGGGAUGAAAACACAUACGCUAUACCACAAUGGGGUGUCCUUGUGAGGAGCGAAGUAGGAUUUCUGGUGCACGAGGGUGAUGGACAAUUGAACAAACAACCAGGUUCUCGUUUGAAAACCCCGAAUUUGCCAAUUUGGGUUACUCUGUGUCAUGGUCACCACGGUGUCUUGUUCAAUACCAAUCGGGAAUUACUUAGAAAUUAUCACGCUGAACGACGUUUCGAGAUUCAAUACUUCACAUGCGGCGGCAGCCACGCCAUUUUGACCGUGGACACCAGGUCGAAUUCCGGAAAUGAUUCAGAGUUCGAGGGCCCAAGCAAAGAAUGCAUGGACAUUGCUGCAACACCCUUGGAGAAACUCAUUCGUUCCAAAUGGCAAGAUGCUUGCAUACAGUGGAAUGGAACACCCUUAAUGUGAAUGCAUCAAUAUGUGUCUCUAUAAAUUUAGUUGAAAAAUAGAUAUAACGUUCUAGGCUCGUUGUUUAGAUCGUAAUAGAUUAUAUGCAUUAUAGUUAUGUUUGUAAAAAUUUCUGUGCUUCGAGAAAAAAGAUUAUUUCCAUCGA